AUGGCACAUGUUCAUACUAUUCGAUUACAAUUUCAAUCUCUCCGACUUCCAUCUCCCUCUUUCUUCACUACUCUCCCGCCGCUUCCACCUAAGACCCUUUUCUCUCUGCCACCGCCGUCGCAUUUCAAAUCCAGAAAACAAUUGCUUCCUUUCAAGGUAUGUGCAGCUGUUACAGAAAAUGGUCCACCAAAAUGGUGGGAAAAGAAUGCACCAAACAUGAUUGACAUUCACUCCACACAAGAGUUUCUGAAUGCUUUGAGUCAAGCUGAGGAUAGACUAGUUAUUGUUGAGUUUUAUGGGACUUGGUGUGCUUCUUGCCGAGCGUUAUUCCCCAAGCUAUGCAGAACAGCUGAAGAACACCCUGAGAUUGUUUUUCUGAAAGUAAAUUUUGAUGAGAAUAAGCCAAUGUGCAAAAGUCUGAAUGUUAAAGUACUUCCUUACUUCCACUUUUAUAGAGGCGCCGAGGGGCAGCUGGAAUCAUUUUCAUGUUCGCUCGCCAAGUUUCAAAAAAUAAAGGAUGCCAUCUUGACACAUAACACAGCUCGAUGCAGCAUCGGUCCUCCUAAGGGAAUCGGUGAUUUGGUUCUUGAACCGUCCUCUGCUCCCAAGGAUAAACCAGCAGAAUCUGUUUGA